AAGGCAAAAGAUCUUCAAAAGGUGUUGUUCUUCUUAUUUGCUGAGAUCUAGACUAAUCAAAAUGUCUGAGGAAGAUACCACUACUAAUCCAGAGAAAUCAGCCAUGGAUGAGAGGGUUGAUAAGUUGGAAGCUACAAUGCACUCUAUGGCUACUACUUUUCAGACUAUUAGUCUUACUUUGUCCACUUUCACUAUUGGUUCGGUUCCUUCAUUUGCUUCCUUAGUGCCCACAACACCAGCUCCACCCAUCCCUAUUCUAACAUUUACCAUUACACCAGCUAAUCAUGCUAAGAAUCCAAUGGUCACACAAUUGCAAUUUCCACCUAUUUAUGAGAAUCAGCCUUUAAUGGGGGAGUCAUCUUCACAUGUGCCACAAAUACCAUCUCUAUCAGUUGGAACUUUACACCCACCACUUGAGACAGUGCAAGCAAACCCUGUGCAACCACCUUAUCCGUAUAAGUAUGACUCUCAGGCUCAAUGUGCAUACCAUAAUGUAAUGGCUCAUGGUAUCGAAUAUUGUACAACUUUGAAACAUAAAGUUCAAGAUCUCAUCGAUGAGGGAAAACUCCAACUUGAUGAAACUAAGAGUGCUCCAAACAUCACUCAGAAUCAUUUACCUCCACAUGGUGCACCCACCAUGAAUACCAUUGCCUUUGAUGAAGCUAAUAGACCCGUAUUGAAGGAUAUCGGUUCUUGGUCUCUUGAUGAAUUGUUUGCCAUUUUGAUAGAAUAUGAUAUAAUUCAGCCGAUUGCACAAAUAAGCUCGAAUGUUUUGCCAAUGAUGAUUGAUGAUGCUGUGAUGUGUCCUUAUUACUCUAAUAUGAAGGGGCAUGCUUUGCAAGCUUGUGGAGAUUUUCAAAGAAAGAUCAAAGAGCUGCAAGGAAUGGGACUUUUAAGGUUUACAUCUACCCAAGAGUUAGAGAAAUUCAUGGCACCAAAUUCACAACAGCCUUAUGUCUUGAAGAACUCUUCUAGCGAGUCAUUCAUGGGAAAGACAUCAUCUGCGCCCAAUAGCCAAUUUCCUUACUCACUUAAGGUUAUGCCUCAACGCUCUAUCAUCUUGAAUUCUACAACUAAUGAUGUGUCUAAUAUGACCCGUAGUGGUUGGUGCUAUGUGAAUCCCGAAGUGGAAGAAUUGAGAAGGGCUGCCUUGAAAUCAAAAGAUAUCAAAAUUGAGGAGAUGCUAAAAGAUUCACCCAAGAAGCUAGAAUUUCUAAACAUUUUGAGGAAAAGUGAGUAUAGCAUCAUUGAACAGCUCAACAAAACCCCAACAAAAAUUUCUGUUUUAGAAUUGAUGCUGUCAUCUAAGGCUCAUCUUGACGCAUUGCUCAAGGUCUUGAAAGAGGCCCAUAUGCCUAAGAACAUUAAUACUCAGAAGUUUGGGAUUGUGUUGAAAGUGGAUGAAUCUCACAUUAAUCAAUGCAAUACAAUGGUUCAUGCUUUUGACGGAACAAAGAGGAAUGUGGUUGGAAAGAUUGAGCUUCCAAUGGAAAUUGGUCCUGUGACUUUUGAUGUGGAUUUCUUUGUUAUAGACAUUUCUCUUGCUUUUAAUAUGCUUCUUGGAAGGCCUCGGAUACAUGUUGCUGGGGUAGUACCAUCUACGUUGCAUCAAAAGGUCAAGUACAUUGUCAAUGGUGUUGUCACGGUGAAUGGUGAAGAAGAGCAUGUCAUCCAAAAGGCUACAAUCAUUUCUUACUUGGGAGUUGAUCUUGGAACUUAUGAAUCCUUUGAUCACUCAAUGAAGUUUGCUGCUGCUUCUUAUAUACAUCCAAAGUUCAGAGGGAAAUGGGCUGAAAUGGCUAAACCUGCAAAGGUUGCUACUAAGGUCAUGCUUUCAUAUCAUUACCAGUUGGGAGAGGGUUUGGGAUUGAAUAGACAAGGAAUUCUUAAGCCUAUUGAGCAUAUGGAUGUUUUGUAUGUAGAUUUAGAGGGUAUUGUUUUUAUUGAUAGAUUACUUGAAAUUGGGGAAUGUUCAAAACAAGCAAAGUUUGAGGAACUAGUUAUGGAAGAUAUCACUAAUGAAGUAUGGUCUGAUGAUGAGGAAGACAGUUUUGGUUUCAAGAACCUCUUUGGGCCAGCCAACAUGACAGAUCCUAAGGAAAGGUGGGGAAGGGUUCUCGCUGAAAGGACAUUUAUGGAAAAGCACUCCAAGUUCCAUCCCAUUCAUCAUGCAAAAGCUUCAAUGGGAUCAUAUGAGUCUAUGCCUCUUGAAACAGUGAAAGAAGAACCACAAUGACUUGAUCCGGAUAUUGCUGUUCAUGCCAUUUCACUCUAUUCAAGGGCCAAGCCAAUCAAGCAAGAGCUAAGGAGGAUGAAGCCAGAGGUUCUAUUGAAAGUCAAAGAGGAAGUGCAAAAGCUGCUAGAUGUCAAUUUCAUUGAAGUAGCUACGUAUCUGAAAUGGGUAGCCAAUCUUGCUCCUGUAAUGAAAAAGGAUGGCCGAGUUAGAGUCUAUGUUGAUUAUAGAGAUUUGAACAAAGCAAGCCCUAAGAAUGAUUUUCCAUUGCCUCAUAUUCAAAUCCUGCUAGUUAAUGCUGCCAAAAAUACUCAGUCUCUUUUGUUGAUGGCUACUUUGGGUACAAUCAAAUAAAAAUGAAGGACGAGGAUAAGC